AGUUAAAAUUUUGUAAUUCCUUCCUGCCCAAUGCUUUACAAACAAAAAAUGUCUCGUCUUUAUUAGGAAUCUGGAGCUGCGGAUAGUUAUAAUCAGCAAUGAGCGAAGUUUCCGAGCCGGUCUCCGUCGAGGGCGAGGCCGAUGGCAAAGACCUCGGAAAGGAUAAUGGCUCGAUCGGUGUGAAAAAGGAGUUCGACGUGAUCAUUAAGCUGGAACCGAGCGAGUGCAUGGUGUGCCUGAGCAAGAACACGGAGCAGUUCGAUAUAGCGGUGGGUAGCACGGCGGCCGGCACGCCGCUGCACGAGUUCCUGCACCGGCACACGCAGGCCAGUCUGACGGACUCCCCGCAGCAUUCCCGCCACAUCUGCCGCGCCUGUCUCGACCUCGUCAAUGUGCUGGAGCGCGCCGAGAUCGAGUAUAUCAAAGUGAAGGAGGCCUUCGAGGCCAUCAUAAGUAAAAAUCCGUUGUUCGAACCGCGGCCGCCGUCGAACGUCGUCCAUCUCAAAAUAAAAAACGAAGGCGCCGAUCGACGAUCCCAGGGUAAAGUCGAUGAAAACGAUUCCGAGGAUGAACCGUUGGCCCUCACUAAAAGAAAAAGGAGGACCAAGGUUGAAAAUAAGAGAAAGAAAGCUGUCGCAACAUCUAAGCGCAAAAUGAAAAAGGGGGAAUCCGAUGAAAGCUGGGAGUGUUCGGAGUGCAAUGCCAGUGGGAAUUCAGGCGGGCAGGUGUCCCUGGCGGCCCACAUACUGGUGACACACACUGUGUCAGCACAGCCCCCACAGCCCGCCCUGGGCUCUGUGAAGAAAGAAGAAUCUCCUGACAGGUCCCAGAGUUCAAUGGACGACGGGAGCGAUAUCUUCAAACUGGGGGGCUUCGACGACGACGACGACAGCUCCAGCCUGCUGAUUGAAAUGAUGGACAAGAAAGACAAAAAAAUCCCUCCAGCCCAUAAAAGAAAAAAGCAAAGCAAGCAGACCGACCCCACAGCGAAACAAAAGAGAGAGAAAGUGCUCCACUACUGUGAUAAAUGUGACGCCAAAUACACGUCACUGGUGCGGCUGGAGCAGCACAAGCAGAAGCACGACGGGUCGCGGCCGCCGUACAUCUGCGAGGUGUGCGGCGCGCACUACAAGCACAAGCGCGCCUGCGACGUGCACGUCGCCAUGCACAAGGGCAUCAGCGACUGGAAGUGCGUCGAGUGCAACAAGCUGUUCCCCAGCAAGGGCGCGCUGCAGCGCCACAACAACAUCCACACCGGCAAGCUCAACUACCAGUGCGACCUGUGCGGGAAGUCCUUCAUACACACGUCGUCUUUCAAGAUGCACAAGCUGUCGCACUCGGGCGUGAAGCCGCACUCGUGCGACGUGUGCGGGCUGGCGCUCAUGACGCGCUCGCACCUCAAGCGGCACAAGCGCGUGCACUCGGGCGAGAAGCGGCACGAGUGCGGCGCGUGCGGCAAGCGCUUCAGCGAGCGCUACAACCUGCUGGCGCACGCGCGCUCGCACGAGGGCGUGCCGGCCGCCGCCGCCGCCGCGCCGCAGGGCCCGCGCAGCCGCCUGUUCCGCUGCGCCUUCUGCGUGGAGCGCUUCGAGCGCCGCUACAUGCUGGAGCGGCACUGCGCCGUCGCGCACGGCCGCAGCAUGGAGCGCCCGCCGCCCACGCCGCGCAACACCAUGAGCAAGCUACUCAAGGCGCAGGCGCAGCGCCGCGACGGUGCACACCAGACCGACGACGCACGGGGCAGCCGCAGCCCCGACGCCAAGCUCUCGCCGGCCACCUCGCCGCAGAAAUCCGCCUUACAAGCAGGUGCGGGCGCGGGAGGUGGUGCGGGAAGUGGCGCGGGUUUGGCGAGCGCGGCGCUGGCGGCGAGCGCGUGGGCGGGCGCGUACGCCGCGGAGUUCGGACUGCGGCCACAGGACUACACGCACUGAGCCCUCACCUGCCACCGCUAGCCUACUGCGGCGGAGCCUUAUCAGUUAUCACUUACAUUUAUUUUGUCACUCGCAUCAUGACAGUGUACCGUCG